UAGGAGUUGGGAAUUUGGAAUCGCUCGGCAAAGCGGGCGGUAACAGCUAGUUUUUAAAUGAAAAUGAUAUAACUAAGCAAUUAUUGAAAAGUAAGAAAAUAAUUACUAAAAGAAGAAGUGCAACUAGUAUCAUACAUGAUACAUUUGAAGUCGAUUAAAAAUUACGGUAACAGUAAAAUUAAAGUUGAAGUAAAUAAUACUAAAAAUUUUAACGAUACGUAAUUAAAAAUGAGAUUGAAUGUAGUAUUAUAUCGGCAACAUAUUGGUCGAAUGUUUAAGAAACAUUGGAUUAUCCAAGGAAAACGUACACCAAUUGAUACAACACAAGAUAUUCAAAAUGAACUAUUAAAAAUUAGAAAUGAUAUCAAAAUCGAAGAUCCAAAACAAUUAUUUGAAACAGAAGAUAAAGAACAAUUGUUAAAAGUGAGUACAGUAGAUUUCAAAGAAAUCAAUAAAAAAUCAGUUUAUUAUUACGAUACUUCAAAUAAUUUGAAAAAACAAGAUCGUAUUUGUCAUGUUUUUAAUGAUUCGAAUGUACUAGUUGGUGGAGUUGAACAAGCAAAAGUUUUAUUAAAUACAUUACAGUUGGAUACCACUGAUCAGAAUGUAUUAGAUAAAUUAUUAUCUAAUAAACAAGAGAAAUUUAAUAUUAGUAAACAAUUAUUAUAUAAACAAGUAGAAGAUGCAAUUAAAUCGUCACAUUUAUAUGACAGUGAACAAGUUAAGUUACCUGUAAAGAAGGAUCCAUCAAGACCUGCAUGGAAUUUCCCUAGAGAAUAUGGUAUUAGUUAUCAACGUAAAAUAGAACUAUUAACAACAAAAUUAUUAAAAAUCUGUGAAACAUUUAGUGAAAAUAAAAAUAAAUACUUAUUAAAUAAUGGUACAAUAUUAACAUCAUUUGAAAAAGAUUCACUUUUAUAUCAAUUAGAUGUUAAUAUUGAUAAAUUAUUAACAUCGAAUCAACGAUUAUCACCACUAAUAUCUGACUAUCAACAAUAUGUUUUAAAUAAUCAAACUCAAAAAGAUCAAAAACAAGCUAAUAAUAAUUCAAUAUACCCAUUAAAAUGUAAUAUUUCAAUACCAACAACAUUUUAUUAUGAUUCUAAUCGUAAUAUAUAUCCAAUAAAUAAUGCCAAUUAUAUUCCACAUACGUUAUUUGUGUCGUAUAAUAAAUGUAAUGUACAUAAUUUAUAUGAAACGGAAGUUACUGAUGAACAAAUCACAAGUCGAACGUUAAUGAAAUUAUAUGCUACUGUUUCGGCAUAUGUGCAACAAUUUAAUCUAAUAAAUAAAACAACAGAAGAUAUAUCCGAACCAAUAACAAUACAAAGUGUCACAAGUGAUGGUCAAUUUUAUGAAUUUGGUAUUUUACAAGUGAACACAAUUAAUUUAGAAAAUAAUAUUCAAAAUAUAUGGUGGACAUCAGAUAAAAUUAAUUUAUUUGAUCAAUGCCAAUAUUUAAAUGGUAGACCAACAUGUACCAGCAAAGCUGAAAGCCAUCAUGGUCAUCAUUUUAAUACACAGGUUAUUGAUUAUUUAUUCGCAUUCUAUAAUCACCAUUAA